AUGGAAGUCGGGGUUGAAGACAUGCUCUCGGAGUGUCAUCGAUUUGCAGAUGUUCAUUCAGUAGAUAUAUGGAAGGUCGAUUUCAACUUCGUGAAAAAGGACAUAUAUCUAUUCAUUACGUUAGGGGCCCGAGAUGGCAUCAAGAGCGGCAAGGAGCUGCGUGGGUGGACCCCAAUCUCGGAGGUGUUCACAGAUCCAUUUGACCCUGAGUGUCUCGACGUAAAACCUCCUGCUGAUCACCACACCCAAUCAUACGUCGUGGAUGGGAUGAUGUCUGAGUCAGAUACGUAUGACUUGUAUGCCGUGUUAAACAGGGCGGAAAUAUGGGGUGCGAUUUUUGCGAAAGGGAACCAGGAAGUGAAGAAGAUGUUAGUCCAUCUCGGUUAUCCAGGACCCCACCCUUCUGUGGAGCACGCUGAGGCCACGCCCGACGAACCUACCACUUCGGAACGUCGUGGCUUGUCAUCGCUGCAUGUUGAAGCGAGCAUUCCGUUGCAGAGUAAAUUCUGUGUUUGGGAGGCAAUCCAGUUCCAUCAGUCCGUGUUCAUCAAGCCACCCAAUUUCCAUCCAAAUCUCGUGUCUCUGGCGCCAAGAAAUACAACUCCGGCCAUUUCCUAUCAGCUCGCCGAUCCUAACGCCGUUGGAGAACCUAUUCCACGUCUCUCUCAUCAUGGCCGCAACACCCCGUCACAGGAGAACCUGUAUUCUCCGACUAUACCGCCGGCGCUAAGCGUCGUCACGCUGUCAUAAUGAUGCUCGACUCCACUACUCCAUCAGGCGCUACCGAAUCAUCUUCACAAGGCAGUAGCAUCUCAUCGGCC